AUGCCAGAAGAAGUAAAGCAGCUUGAAGACUAUACCAAAGAAGUGGAUUCCUUGGUUGAAGAUAUAAAUGAAAAUUCUGAUAUUACUCAAUCUGUGGAUAGAAUAUCAGUUUUAGAGAAAAAAGCGAGAAAUGCCAACGACUUGAAAUCUACAAGCAGACUCGUCGUAAAAGCAGUCGAUUUGGCAGUUAACCAGAAGAAUCUCGAUAAAUUGAAGGAAAUAGUGCAUGGAUUCUCAAAGAAGCACGGUCAAAUGCGUACUGUUAUCAUUGAAGCAGUUAGAGCCGCUUCUGGUAUUUGUGAUGAAGACGUCGCUCAUGUGUACACGCUCCAAGGUCAACAAAGAGAAGAUUUGAUCCAAUCACUCAGGGCUAUUACAGAGGGAAAGAUGUUCCUCGAAUCUGAAAGAGCUAGAUUGACUUAUAUUCUCGCACACGUACUGCUAUCACGUAAUGAAACACGUAAAGCUAGAGACGUUUUGAGUGAAUUGUCAGUUGAAACAUUUGGAUCACUUGAUAGACGCCAGAAGACAGAUUACUUGCUUCAACAAGCACUCCUUAACGCUCAAAUUGGCGAUUGGGUUCAAAUGAAGAUAGUUACAAACAAAAUAAACGUUAAAUUCUUUAAAGAGGAGAACACACAGGAGCAAAAGUUGAGAUACUACGAAUACCUCAUUAGAUACGCAGUUCACAAUGAUGAAUACUUGAACGCGUGUAGAUAUUACAGAGAGGUUUAUGAUACCGAUGUCAUCAAAUCUGAUCCAUCAAGAUCAAAGGUAGUACUUGAAAAUAUAGUCUACUUUGUUUUAUUAGCUCCAUUCAACCACGAACAACAUGACUUAUUGCAUAGAAUAUUUACUGAUCAAACUUUUAACACCCCAAAGUUACAAUAUCAGUACAACCUCUUGAAAUGUUUCACUACACCUGAGUUGAUGAGAUGGGCCGGUUUGGAAGCUUUAUAUGGUCAGAUACUCAAAUCGACAGAUGUAUUCAGCAAUCGUUCUACAGACGGUAAGGGUCAGACAAGGUUUAAUGAGUUCCAUAAGAGAGUUUUGGAGCACAAUGUUAGAGUAAUAUACAAGUACUACACUAACAUUACGCUCAAGAGACUGCAGUCAUUCUUGGAAGUUGAUGAGAGGCAAGUUGAAGAAAUACUCAGCUCGUUAGUUGAGAAUGGAACUAUUUAUGCCAAGAUUGAUAGACCAGCAAAGAUGAUCACAUUCACCAAACCCAAGAGAACGGAUGAUGUGCUGAAUGACUUUACCAACAACAUUUCAAAGCUCUUGUCGCUCGUCGAGACUGUUAAUUAUCAAAUUGAGAAAGAGAAGGCUGUACAAGAGGCGUUUAAGUAG